AUGCAGCUGGGAUAUCCCGCAGCCGUUGCUGCAUCCCGGGCCAGCUUGAACCCCGUCGGCGUGCAACGAGCAGCCAGCCAGCUAGGCCUGGGCAUGGGCCUCUACUCUAGUUUGGAGCCUUUCCAGGGCCCCCAAGAACCAUCGAACGAGGGCACCGCCAAGCCCCCCUACAGCUACAUCGCCCUCAUCACCAUGGCCAUCCAGAGCACGCCGGAGCGGAGGCUCACCUUGAGCGGCAUCUACCGGUACAUCAUGGGCCGCUUUGCCUACUACCGGGACAACCGGCAGGGCUGGCAGAACUCCAUCCGCCACAACCUCUCGCUCAACGAGUGCUUCGUCAAGGUGCCCCGCGAUGACAAGAAGCCGGGCAAGGGCAACUACUGGACCCUGGACCCCGAGUGCUACAACAUGUUCGAGAACGGCAGCUUCUUGCGACGGCGGAGGCGUUUCACCCGCAAAAGGGGCCCGGCGCGGCCUACGGAGAGCGGCCAGGGUGAGAAGACUCGGCCCGACGGCCGGUUGGAGCAAACUGGGCCGACUGUGCCUGCGAAGGCAAUCAAGGUGGAAAGGGAUCCGUCUUCCCCUGCGGCCGCCAACCGGCUUCACAGCUCCUGCUCGGAGAUGGCAGCCUUGGGGAAGGCUCUGGCCUUGGAGGCGCCUGCCGUAGGCCUCUCUUGCCAAGAACAACCAGGCUCCGGAAGCCUGGCGUGUGCCAAGCUCUGCGUCCCGAGUUCUAGGCCGCUCUGCCUGUACCCACAGGACCCAGUGGGAUCCAAACCUUGCCUCCUGGAGAAAGAUCUCAGCUACCCUUCCCUGACGGAGAGCUCUCAAGGGAAAGAAGCCCCUCUCAGGGACAUCCAGAGUCACCAGCUCGGGCAGGGCACGCUCCUUGGUGAGAGGAUGACCCAGCGGCUCACCCGGCCGCACGCUGAUGCCAAGGAGAGCCUCCCAAGCAACCCUAAAGGGGUUCGAGCGUCUCCCAAGGCGGGGCAAGACGGCAAGGAGGCGCCCCAGUCCUUGUGCCCGCCGAGCCCGUCUUUCGCAACUCUACUGGGGCCCGGCAAGGCCACUCAGAGGUGCAGCGGGCAACCUCCCCCCGGCUGCCUGCCCGCCUUUGACGGCGAGAGCUACGCCAAGCCAUCGGCGCUGCCUGUUUUUGGUUCGUUGGGGUAUUCCGGCCCGGAGACCCUGGGCGGGAACUACCAGUGCCGUCUGCAGGCCUUGAACUUCUGCGUCAACGACCCCGGCUGCGGGGCGGCUUUGGAGCACCUCUUGGCAGCUCCCGCGGCCCCUGUCUCCGCGGCCCCCCUCCCGCCCGCCCCCUUCAUGCAGCUUCAAGGGGAGCAGGAGUCCUGGGCCGGGACCCCUUUCUCCCUCCAGGGGGGAAACGGUUACCAGAUGAGUCUCCCCCACUGUCUCUACAGGACACCCGGCAUGCUGUUCUUCGAGUGACCCGGGGC